CUCAAUUCUCUUUUCCCCUCUUGAUUUUCUCCUCAACAUUGAUUUAAUGGAAGAAAUCACGACAUCAUCAGUCCAUGAUCAACUUCCUUUCCAUCUCGUCGCAUCCAUCUUCAAGCAGCUGCCGUUGAUCCAUCUUCUUCGGGCAAAAACCGUCUCUUCCUCUUGGAACUUUGUUGCAGAAGUCGUCAUUCCUUUCGAACAAGACGACGAACAAGGCUCCCCAAGUUGUUCUGGUCGUGUCGACUCAUGCGAUUCAUCUCACAACGCACUGACGAAGCCAACAUCGGACGUGCGUUCCAAGUUCCCCUGCAUCGGAUCAUCACGCGGGUGGCACCACCGCAGUCUCCUAAGUACCGGAAAGCGCCACCGGAGCCUCCUAAAUACCAGAAACCACCACAGAAGAAGAGCUAGGGAUCCAAAAUGCCAGACCCGGAAGUAAUCCCAUGCAAGCAUAUAUCCAACGGAACAGGAAGACAAUGUUUAUAUAUAUAUUUGAAAUAAAUUAGUAUUGAUAUGCUUUGUUAGUAUGAGUGUUUAUUUUAUCCUUAGAUUGCAUCGAAUUACGAACAUAGACUUUUAGAUGAGUAGAAAGGUAGCCUCAAUGGUAAUUCAUGU